AUGAGCAGUGAAUCUGACCAAAAUAGCCCACCCAGUAGCACAAGUGAUAGAGAUUAUAGACCACCGGUUACUAUCGUCCCUAUUCCGUCGACUCGCACUCUUCGUUCCGACUCAAAGAAAUCUCGGCUUAGUACUAGCCUACCUAGAGAUUUGGCGAGUAGUACAGAUAUCCUAAUUAGAUCAAUCCGUACACUAGGUAGUACUGAUAAUCUUUUGGAUAACACUAACACUUUAUUGGAUGAGUUGAGGAGCUCAUCUACUCAAGGUGUUAAUCCAGUAUCACAUACUAUAACUACAUCCACUAGUACCAGUUGUAUUACUUCUACAGCGUCUAUUGUUUCUAAUACUAUUUAUUCUACGUCUACACCGUCUAUUGUCUCCCAUACAAUCCAUUCUAUUUCUACAGCGUCUAUUAUUUCUAAUACUAUUUAUUCUACGUCUACACCGUCUAUUGUCUCCCAUACAAUCCAUUCUACGUCUACACCGUCUAUUGUCUCCCAUACAAUCCAUUCUAUUUCUACAGCGUCUAUUGUUUCCGAUACUAUUUAUACUAAGUCUACACCGUCCGUUGUCUACCGUACAAUUCCUACUACAUCAGUUGGUGUUAGUCUCACUCUCUGUCCGCGACCGACUACUAGUUUCUCCACUAGUUAUAGCAAACCAAACACUACUAAGGCAGUUUCUCAAUACAUUCCUAAGAUUUCCACUGAAUCAGCAAGUAGUUGGUAUACGUUAACUAACAACUAUACUGUCGCUAGUACGUCGACCACUACGUCUUCCAAUCCAAAAACAAAUCGCGGACCAGUAAAGAACCAAAAAGUAAAGGCCCGAUAUCAGGACGAAACCAUACCUGAUUCUGAGUGCGGUCCACAGCAUAUUGUCGCGAAAGUCUACCCACCAUCAAGUUGGUUAGAACAUAGGGAUUAUCAGUGGUUGAUGAACGAAAACACACCUAUUACCGACAAUAUCAAUUCUAAUUCCGAUAGCAAUAGACAAGACAGAGGCGAGAUAAUGGACAAUUUACAAAAUUUAGUAGAACAAUAUAUAGAACAAUAUUUUCAACGACAACCGAAUGCAUUUACUAGUCUAAAUCAUCCACCGCCAUAG